AUGGUGUGCACUGCGAGGGGACUCUGGAAAUGCGCAGCUGCUGGCGGCUCUCCAGCCCGGAGCUCCUUAGUCUUCCGCGGUGACACAGAAUCACUGGGUUCAUCCUCUUUCUUUUUCAUUCCUUGCUUCGUGGCAGGAUUUAGAUUUCGAGGAAGCUUGAGCUGCGGCCCUCUGGGUCGGACGGAGGCAGCUGAGCCUCUCCAGCAAGCCGCCCUCUGGUUCAGUUGCCGAGGCGACCGCGGUGACUGCGCAGAGUCUGCGCGAGUGGCCAGGCCUGUGCCGACGGGGCGCUGCCCUUUGGGUGCAUCCGCAUCUGCUGCUGUGAGCAAGGUCCUGUACCCACCUCUUUGCUUGCUCCAAGCCAGUGCACGGCCAUUCCCUUUUAGCGGUGGAAGCCUUUUCGGAUGUUUCCUUGAGUUUCACAAACGUUCCCUGGCUUCCUGGGCCGCCAGCGACUGGACUUCGAGUGGCCCUGCCCCGACGUGCAUCCUCCGCCCCUCUGCGGAGCUGACCCCUGGUGUCUCCGCAGAUGCUUCCUGGAAGAAAGGAAAGAAGAAGGCGAGGAGGCCAGGAGACGAUGAGCAAGUAUGGGGCGAAGAGCGCGUCUGGCUGCGAGGGCCCGCAGGGCCGGGGAGGAGAACUGGGCUGGAUUCCGGAAUGGACUCCCCUCUCUUCUUGAGCGCGCAGCAGGGAGCAGUGCAGCCAGCCCCGCCGCCUGAGUGGAUGGAGGGCACGAGGCCCUCGCCUGUGUCCCUUAGGGGUGACACCUACCGCCCUGCCUGUCGCGGUGGCCCAGGCCCUUCUCUCCCUGCAGGUGGCCCAUGCCGCCCCUGGCCGCCCACACUGUCCUCCACUCGGGCCCCUCCUCAGACGGUGGCGGGUGCGCUGCCUUCUGGCAUCUUCCGGUUCCCGCCCCACAUCCAGUCCUCCUGCAGAUCAGCAGGCAGCUCUCCUGGGCCUGCGGCUGCUCCAGGCCUCCCAUCUGCUCCUGGCCUCCCGUGGGCGCUAACUGUGGGGCUGCGGCCUGGGACCGUGGCUUUCCUCUCGGCCCCCAAAUGGCUUUCCUUGAGUGGCUCAGCCUCUCCAGACGAGGCUCCUCACGCGGGCAGAGGGCUGGGGUCCAGGGAUCCCCGCGCCCUUUCUGCAGGAUGUGCCCGGCCCCUCCAGCCUGCCCCUGCCCUGCCCUGGGGACAAGUAUCUGAGGUUUGCGUCCCUGUUUUUCUCCCUGUAGUUUUAGUCAUCUUGCAAGUUCCCUCCGAGCGUAGCUGUGCGGCGCCUGCCUCACCAGUCCGGCAGGCAGCGGGGCCCCCGGUGGGGUGCUGGUGCGCGAUCUCCCCGGGACGCAGCGCCCUCGAGCUCCCGCAGCAGCUCUGUUAA